AUGGAUGGUGAUAAAGGUGGCGAGAACAACGCCAAGGCCUGAGCCAGGGCCAACACCGUCACCGAGGCCUUGUCCGAUAGCAUCUUAAAAAAACAAUGGCUCGAAGCCCUUGAGGUAUUUGAGAUGCUCAAGGAACAGUCUUUUUAUCAACCAAAAAGAGGACUUUACAUGAAGCUCCUUAUUUUGCUUGGAAAAUCUGGCCAACCCUAACGUGCUCAUCAACUUUUCGAAGCAAUGCUUGAAGAAGGAUUAGAACCCACUUCCGAACUGUACACCGCCUUACUUGCUGCUUAUUCUCGAAACAAUCUCAUUGAUGAGGCGUUCUCCAUUCUUGAUAGAAUGAAGACCCUGCCUCUUUGUCAGCCCGAUGUUUACACGUACAGUAUACUGAUCAAGGCUUGCGUUGAUGCUUCACAAUUCAAGCUGGUUGACUUGUCCCUGUAAGAGCAAAUGGCUGAGCGAUUAAUAACUCCAAACACUGUCACUCAAAACGUAGUCUUAAGCCACUGCUAUGGAAAGGCAGGUAAGUUAGACCAGACGGAGAAAGUGCUCUCGGGAAUGCUCGAGAGUGCCAGAGCUAUGCCCGAUGUAUGGACAAUGAACACUAGUCACCCUUUUAAUAUUCUCAUUGGUGCUUGCGGGAAGAAAUGAAUGUACGGAAAAAUGUCAUCAGUGAUGGAGUACAUGCGCAAGCAUUCAUUUCCUUGGACAAUGUCAACUUACGAUAAUGUGAUUGAAGUAUUUUCAGAGGCAGGUGAUGUGAAACACAUGGAGUAUACGUUUGAACAGAGGCGUGCAGAGGGUAUGAAGGCAGACACCAAGACUUUCUGCUGUCUUGUUAGAGGAUAUGGUAAUGCGCCUGUCUUUCAUAAGAUCAUUAGCAGAGUCCAGCUGGCUGGGAAGUUGGAGAUACCCGAGAACACUACAUUUUGUAAUGCUGUUAUUUUUGCUUGUGCAAAGGCGGAGGAUACGAUGGAGAUGGAGAGGGUAUUUGAGAGAAGGAAAGAUAAGCAGAGCCAACCCGAUUCUACUACUUACUCUAUCAUGGUGCCUAACUGAGAGGUAAGAUAGUCAGUGUGGCUUAAAUAAUAUUUCAAAUGCAUUUGUCGCUUUAGCAAUAGGAAUACUGAUUGAUCAGAUUAUCAAGCUGUCACAUUCAGGGAGUGAACUGCAAUAUCUGCUACUCAGUCUUAAUGUGUUUGUAAAGCACCUUCUGUGGAAAGCCUUGAUCCUUACUUAAUGGAAAGCAUCCAGCUUAUGUUUGUUUUCUAAUAAAUUUAGGGUUCCUUUCGUACUUUCUAUGGGAAGAUUGUUCAGUUGCUGUAAAGUGAAUUCAUACUGAUAUUUAUGGUUACAAAACUUCGUGAGGAGUUGUACCAAGGAUAUAUUGCUACCUCUUUUUGGAGUUCUAAUUUCUAUCACUGUAAUGAAUUUUUUUGGUUUGUUUGGAACAAGAAAAUCAGAAGGUAAAUGGGGUCGAACUAGAAAUUGUUAUUGAGACCUCCAGUGUAAAAGGCUAAGAGGUGGAAGAUAGCAGUUACAGUACAUGGCACAUUGAGUGGCCAGGCAGUUGUUGCGUAGGUAGCUCUUGCACAUCCUAAAGUUCAUUCUUUAACGUGCCAACUGAAGACGUAAGGUAUUGGAACUUGGGACGGGUACAGUUAGGGGGGUUGUCUCCUCCUCCCACCAUGAGACUUUCAUGUCCUAGCUAGGACCACAACACAGCUUAGGAAUCGCAUCAUCAUCGUGCAUCAGUGCUCAAGUCCUGUCCGCCAAACUAAGGAGGCACAAUCCACAAAGUAAAUCCUCUGUAAAUGUCUUUAGUUUUGUUGAGGUCGAGCCAACAUUGAUACAUUACCUUUCCCUACUAGAUGUAAAUGGAUGAAUCUAUAAACAGCCUUGCUGAUACUAACUCAAGAAAAAAGCUAGCUGAACCUUCCUGUUGCUUUACGUUUGUCAAAUUCACGAGUUAUAUUCAUCAAUCUCUCAGGUCUAAUAAUUUUACAGUUGUCGGUAGAGAUAAAUGCACAAUCAGUAGUGGGGGCAAAAGUUCAAUUUUGCCAAUCUGGUUUUGCUUUGGUGAAGAUGUAUUCCACCAAAAUAAAGUCUGUGUAGCCAUAUUUCAUAUUUGAUUAAAAGUCACUCAACCAAAUCAGUCUAACUUGAAGAAAUGAUUAUGUGUAUGAUACUUCAAUAAUGUAGAUGCAAAUGAUUUUCCCUUCACCAAUCAUAUAAAUCAUGACUCUUUCACACCUAUUCCAGUGUUACGGGUCACUUACACUUACAGUAUACAUAUGAAUGGCAUAGCAGAGCAAAACACAAUAUUCAUCAAAAGAGAGAAGGUACCUCUAUCACACAACACAAGGGAUUCAUAGCAAACUACAUUGCAAGAGGAUAUGGGGUUUUUUGUUGAAAAACAAAACUGAUGGGACAAUGAAUUAGGAGGUUUUUUUAGGGGGCAACCUGAAGACAUUAUGGGGUCAUAGGACAAAUAAUAGUUGUGGAAGAGUAAAAUGGGGGGCAUCUGGGCCUAUACUAAAUUCCUCACUGGCCACAACUGAAACGAGAGUCAGUGAGUUUGCAUUUUUUUCUCCUUAGACAGAGGUAUUCUAACCUGGGCAACAAGUUAAAUAGAUAUAUAAUUUAAUUCAACUAAACAGCUGUGACUAAUGGGUUGAAUGUAGUUAUGCAGCAAUAGUGUUUUGAUUCGCAUGUUGGAGCCAUUAGGUGCACGAUAGCAUUUGCAAAUAAGUUAAUUGCACAUUUACCUUAAAUAGCGGCUAUGGAAGAGGCUUCCAAGAUUUCAUGACCUAGUUUGGCUUCAUUCUUGCAACAAAUCAAUACAGAGUACAUAGCCUUCGUAUGCAUAUUGACUGAAUGGAAACCUCUAUGUAUGUAAAGUAAAUGACCAUGUCUGUGUGUAUCUCCAUGUAAAACUUCAUGGCUCUUCACAGUGGCGGAGGGAGAAUAGGACGAGCGGGGGCACGCGCCCCCACUCAAUUUCUUUUCUUUUCUUUUUAAAUUUAAGAUUUUAAAAUGUAUAUUUUGUAUUUUCUCUAGUUAAUUGUAUUUUCUCUAGUCAAAUAUCAUUUCAUUCUCAAUUUCUUUACCACAUAUUUGAACAUUGUCAUUAUACUGGCGAAAUGAGAUGUCUAAUGUGAAAAAUAGCCGCCACUUACUAUUUAAAACUUUCUAAUGCAUAAUGUCCAAAAUUCAAAAAUGCCUAAACCAUGGGUUAUAUGUUUUAUACUUUAGCAAUUAUUAACAAUGGGAGCAAUAAUGCUAAAUAUUGUGUAGUGAAUUGCUCUUAGACUUGAUCCGCUGAGACAAUUCAAGUAAUUCGAUUGUUUUUAAAUUCUAUGUAAUUUACUAUAUUAAAAAAUUAUGUUAGGUUUUUCAAUUCUUAGCACAAAUGUUUUAGCGUUGCUUAAAACGAAAUUUUAUGAUUGAAAUGUGUUUAAAAGGUGCCCCCACUUACAUAGUUUUCUGGCUACGCCACUGGCUCUUCAUGCCAUUUUCCUUUCUAAGAGUCGUAUUAUUGUUGUGUGAUGGUGUGAAUGAUAUUCCUACUGAUGCUUUAUUGAUUAUGUGAUUGGAUUUAUCCUUCAGUUGUGCUUUUAUGAUGUAAUAACCACAGUGUUGUUUUUCCUGGAAAAUAGUGUUACAUAAUUUUGAUGCGUUAUACCAAGUUACCCAGAAAAAGUAUAAGAAAGGAAAGAAUCAAUCAUACAUUAAGCAUUUGUUGAUCAUAUAAUCAAUGGGAUUUAGCUUCCUAUAACCCAACAAUAUGGAUGCCAAGCAAGCCUAGACUUUAAGCUAUGAAAGUGGGAAUAAAGCAAGUGUAUAGUGUGCUUUGAGGCAAC